AUGCCUCCAAAAUCGAAAAAGACUGGUAAGAAGAAGCCCGGGAAGUCGGCUGCGGCGUCGUCCAAGGCCAAAGACGCGACCGGCGCGACCGGAGGGGCCAAAGAUGUCGACAAGUCGACGACCAAGGAGGAGGAAGAAAAAGACAUGACGCACGCGUACGCGGACGAUCUGAAGACGGACAUCUACACCGACGUGAACGCAAAUCCGAAGGCACUCGUGCACGCCACGGAGUGGCGCAAGAUCAUGAACGGUACGACGCUCGAUGAAGAAGCUUGCGCGCGACCUUCCUCGACGACGACGACGUUCGCGACGGGACGGCUGACUGACCGGCUUGCGCGCGCAGGCGACCCCGUUGAAAUCAACCCCUCGGUCGGAGCUGGGAUGAAAAUUAUGACCGUAGACGAAUGGAUCUCGCGAUGGAAACCGAACGAACGCUUCCCCGACUGCCUGUCGUGCGGGUCCACGAACACGAAGGAGCAUCAUUUUUCGCAGACGUGGUGUCGAGGCAAGAAAAAGUUUGAGUCAGAGACGAUUUGCUGCGAGUGUCACAUGUGGAGUUGGCGCUCGUACGCCGACCCGGACUUUUUAAGCCCCGAGGAGUACGACAAACUGAAGUGGGAGAAGAUGGUUCAAGAAAACGCCACGCGGUUGAAGGACGCGCGCGUGGAAGAUGCCGCCGCCGAAUCCGUCGCCGCCGCCGCGUGA